AUGCCGUUCUCAUCGUCAUCGUUUCAAAAUGCGUCGUACGAAAAUAUCUCGGUUACUGAUUACAGCUCAAACGCUUUAGAGGAACUCAAAGAUGAUGUUUUUUUUGAAGGUGCUGAGAAAGUUUUGGAAAUCUGGUUUGACGAGAAGGAGAAUGGUGCUAGUUCAUUACGGUCGAUCCCAUUUCGGGAAUUGGCCAGUAUGCUUGAAGUCGCGAAAUGUCGCAUUUUGCAUUCUGCUAGUAAUGAAUACUUGGAUAGUUAUGUGCUCAGGUUCCCUGGGGAAGCCUCUGUAUAUAAACAAGCACGAAAAUUUAGCGAAAGUAGCAUGUUCGUCUUUGAUUUCCGCUUGAUUUUGAAAACAUGUGGUUCCACAAUGCCGCUUCGCGCUCUGAAACGUUUCCUGAAGUUGGCUCGAAGAUACUGCAAUCGGAACGAAGUUAUUGAAGUGUUUUAUUCUCACAAGAACUUUAUGCGUCCUGAUCGGCAGCCGAAGCCACAUCAAGAAUUCAAUGAUGAAGCCAAAUAUCUUGACCGUUAUUUUCAGGUUGGUUCAGUUUACCAAUUAGGAAGACCAAAUCAGGACCAGUGGUAUCUGUAUACAAUGUCGUUGCGAAACGUUCAAGAUUGCCAUCCUGAACAUACGCUUGAAAUCUUGAUGACAGAAAUGCCCGACGAUAUUUUGUGCGUGUUUAGUAAAGCUGUAUGCAAAGAUGGCAAGGACUGUACAGAAAAAUCUGGGAUUGGCCGCAUCAUGCCCUUUGGAACAAUAAUACAUGAAGAGUUGUUUCUUCCUUGUGGAUAUAGUAUGAAUGGACUGCUGCCUAAAACGGACAAAUACAUUACCAUUCAUGUAACGCCAGAGCCAGGUUUUUCGUAUGCUAGUUUUGAAACAAAUCAGGACUCGUGCUCUCUCUAUAAUCAGGCAUUACAAGUUGUUGACACGUUUAAGCCCCGGAAGUUCCUGGUGACAGUUUUUUCUAAUGAUUUGUCGACAAAAGGGAAGGAUAUCCAACAACGUUUGAUGGAUUUUCCUUUUGAUGGUUAUCGGCGGAACAAUAUUGAGACCGUGAAGUUUGAGUUUGAGUCCCUGAUUUUCGCCCAGUUCGUGCGUAAGCAAUCUGUGGUGUAG